AAAGAAAAAAGAGUGCUUCUCACACGCUUUCGUCAACUUUCCCCUUCCAUUCCACCCAGUAGUAGUUGCUCUGCAAAACCUCUCUCCUCUCUCCUCUCUCUCUCUCUCUCUCAAUACACAAACAGAGACAGAGAAGAGACACAAACCCACCAAGCCUUUCAAGUCCUUGUUCCCAAAAUCACAACCCCUUUUGGCUUUUUCAAUCCCAAGCUCCAAUCUUUCCCAAAUUUUGCAACUUUAUUAAACCAAGUGAACCAAAUCCAUCCUCCUUUACUUUUUUUUUUCCCACACAAAACACUACAUAUUGGCAAAGGGGUAGUUGUAUUACAGAGUAAAAGCAGUGUUGGGUUUGGGAAAUGAGGGAUGUUUUCGUGGCUGGCAAGGAUAGCGUGGACGUGUUGGAAGCCAGUGAGGAGAUAUGCCCGUAUGAGCAAGGAUGAUCUUGAUGACUCAUCUCUUGAAGAUCCUUUGUUAUGGUGCAGAAGCCUUGACAAGCACUCCUAUGGUGAAUUCUCCUUCGCUGUGGUCCAGGCCAAUGAAGUUCUUGAGGAUCAGAGCCAAGUUGAGACUGGCCGUGAUGCCACCUUUGUUGGUGUUUAUGAUGGGCAUGGUGGACCUGACGCGUCUCGCUUCAUUUCUGACCAUCUCUUUCUUCAUCUUAUGAGACAUGCUCGAGAAAAAGGAGCCCUAUCUGAAGAUAUCCUUAGAAGUGCCUUUUCUGCAACUGAGGAUGGGUUCCUUACUCUUGUGCGUAGGACUUGUGGAAUAAAACCAUUAAUGGCAGCAAUUGGGUCUUGUUGUCUGGUUGGAGUUGUCUGGAGAGGGACGUUGUAUGUUGCUAAUCUAGGAGACUCGAGAGCAGUAAUUGGUUCUUUAGGUAGAUCGAAUAAGAUUGUUGGUGAGCAGCUAAAUAAGGAGCAUAAUGCAAGUUUGGAGGAGGUUAGACAAGAACUCAGGUCCUUGCAUCCAAAUGAUUCACAUAUUGUAGUUAUGAAGCAUGGAGUUUGGCGUAUCAAAGGCAUCAUACAGGUAUCUAGAUCUAUCGGUGAUGCAUACUUAAAGAGGCCAGAAUUUUCUCUUGAUCCUACUUUUCCGAGGUUCCACCUUCCUGAACCCCUCGGUCGGCCUGUGCUUACAGCAGAACCAUCUGUAUGUACCAGAGUUCUACAACCCAAUGAUAAGUUUAUAAUAUUUGCCUCCGAUGGACUAUGGGAGCACAUGACAAAUCAGGAAGCUGUGGAGAUUGUACAUAAUAAUCCUCGAGCAGGAAUUGCAAAAAGACUUCUUAAAACAGCUCUGAGUGAGGCAGCUAGGAAACGGGAGAUGAGAUAUGAUGACCUUAAGAAGGUUGAAAAGGGAGUUAGGCGGUUCUUUCACGAUGAUAUUACGAUUGUCGUCAUUUUUAUAGAUCAUGAUUUGCUGGAGAAAAAACAGCCAGCACCUGAGCUGUCAGUAAAGGGGUUCAUUGACACUGUUGGGCCAUCAAGUUUUAACAUUUUCAAGGAUUGAUAUAAAUGUGAAGUCCGUAACACCCAGUAACUUGGUUUGCUGGGUCUGGUAAGAGACCAGGGUCAGCAAGUUUUAUUUUCUUUCAACAUUUUUCUAACAUUGGGUUGUUUCUUCCAGCUUUACUUUACUCCUUUUUGAAGUUUCUUAUAUAAAGUGAUUUCUUUCCAUAAAACUAUGCACCCUAGGCAAAGCUAUGGGAGGGCUUCAGAUUUUUUGGGGUUCAUAAAUUGGAGUCUGUAUACACCCAAAAGUUGUGAAAUUUGUUUGGUUUUAAUAAAUCUUCUUGUUAAGCUUUUAGCUACUGUUAGUUUUCUUAAGGAUGUGGAGCUAGUGAAGUAAUUUGUCAUCUUCGAUGAGUUUUACCAUAUGACAAGUGUCUGGAAAAUCAAUGGUGUAAGUCUGAAAUGGAGAAUAUCAAGCUUAUCUUCUUUUAUGAGGCAAGCCAUUGUUAUGAACA